AUGGCCGAACGAAGAUCUAUGCACGCUGCUGCCACUGGCAGAGCCGGCGCUGCAGAGCUUCCACGAAGAGGGUCAAGCCGCGUACUUGGUCGAACAGUCGGAUUCGUGAACUGGCUUCGCGAUGAGGGCAACACAACAACGCCCUUCGCGGGUCGGCUGGGCGGUAGCGGUGCCUUCGUUCUCGACCCUUCCGAUCCCGACAACUCUUCGUUGUUGGAUAGAGUGCCAGAUGCUUCGCCAAACAUGACCUUCCAACAAGCGUUCGAUAUGCGAGGAUUUGCAGAACCUAUUCUUUGGAAAGCUGGUGUGAUCGAAUUCUGGGGAACACUUCUUUCCACUUUCGCUUCCGUCUGGUUUGCGAUGUCACCAAACUUACCUCCUCCACCUCCAGAUCCGGUCGGUGGAAUCAUCGACACUGCUACCUUCAAAGCAGCAUUAGCUGGGUCCGUGCAAGCGGCGUUCCUGAUUGCUCUCCUGGUCUAUGGUUUCGGCAGCGUUUCCGGUGCACAUUUCAAUCCUCUGAUCACAUUCGGAGCUUUCUUUGCAAGACUCACAACGUUCCCACGCAUGGUGAUCUACGUAGGCAUGCAGACGGCUGGAGCUGCCUUGGCCGGUUUGCUAAUACGAGCCGGCCGAGAUAGCAGGAAUUUCAAGGUUGGCGGGUGCUUCAUGUUCGAGGGGCCGGCCACAGUUGGAGGUGCUCUGACCGUCGAGAUCAUGGCGUGCUUGCUUGCACUAUUUCUUGCAUUUGGCGUCGGCUUCGACCCUCGGCAAAGAAAUGUGUACGGGCCUGCUCUGGCACCUGCAUUGGUGGGAGGAGUGGUGGGUGUCUGUGCUCUGACCUUCUCAUUUGCCUUGGAAGGAUACGGCGGAGCGUCGUUGAAUCCGGCCCGAUGCUUUGGAGCAUAUGUCGGAAGUCGCUUUCCUGGCUGGCAUUGGGUUCACUGGGUAGGGCCCAUCACUGCGAGUGCAUUUCAUGGUCUGAUCUACUUCCUGGUACCGCCAGAGACUUUUGCCGAGGGUAGAGCUGUUCAAGAGCCGUAUAUGCCGCACGGUAACGAAAAGCCGGGAGUUGUGUGA